AUGUCUAAUGGGUGGGUUAUACCCUUGCUGUUCUUGAACAUCUUUCGCCUCUACGGCCCCCUAUGUUUUCUUCAAAUCCCCAUUUUUACGUCGUUCAAUACGGCAUACGAUAGGACGCCGCUUCGACCAUCGGAAAUCCCUAGAAAAAGCGAGCUUUUCGUGGAUUUCCGAUGUAUGCGUAGCAAAAAGCUAAGGAGGCUCGAUGUAGGCACAUUUCACACCGAUGUGAUGGCAUCGGCAGUACACGCCAGAGAAUUUGGUAUCACACUGUCAGUGUACUUCAGCAACCUAUAUUGCGGCCAACAAAUGGACGACACGACAGAGGAGGCUGUCUCUUGUGACUUUCGCAUAGACGGAGCUAGUGCCACAUCGUCCGACACAGUUAAACCGGAGGGUGGUAUCUCCGACCUUGUGCGCAUUACACUGGCCAAGACAUCGCAAAUUGAGAGCUCAUCAAAGCUAUUACAACCAUCUGCUGAAGCCGUCUCGGCUGACCUAGACGCCAUCUUGCAUUUGAAGACAUGCGAUGCGGGUCAGGCUGAAGAUUGGUCAAGGACACUUAUGCUCAAACAUGCAUUGUAUAACAUCUUCAUGUCAGUGGACGUACCCAUCUGUAAAGGUGAAAGCUCAGGAUACGACGAUGUAGACAGACCCGAUCUUGACGUUUCUUCGAUUUUCAGCACCUAUGCCAAUAUCGGGCACUUGGGUGACCUACCCAACAGGUACUACCAGGUCCUCUUAAAUAAGAACAUGUUCAAGCCACUGGAGCGAGAUGAGGCACCGACAGUCGAUGACUUCAUGGAAAUCUUCCGUGACACCGGAGAGUCACUCCAAUCAGACAUGGACCCUCAGCGCAUCAUAAAAUUUGUCCACCGGCCUGUGGGUGAUACCUUUUUGCAUGUUUCGGGUUCCUCGGGAACAAAUGUCAAGAAAACACUGAACUCCACCAUAAGAGAGCUCCGUGAUUCAGGAAAACGCCUUUUGGAUCUCGGAGUGGUCGGAAUAUACAUCACUCUUAGACAGUUCAUGUCGUUCGGAGUCAGUGGUUCUGCUGCUGUGCAGCUUUUCGCGCUGGUCUUCCCAGACUCUCGAUUCCAGGCAUGGAGUCACUAUCAUAUGUUUAUAUGUGCAUUUGAGUGUGAUAUGGAACGUCGGGAUAUCAAUUCUGCAGAUCGCCUACUGGAUUUGAUGCUACGCUGGAACUGCCGCCCGGAACCUGCAAUGUACGCUCGGUUCUUCGACUUGUGUGCAUCUUGCGGGUCAUAUGACCUAAUACUCAAGCAUGGCAGUGCGUUUAUGUCGGACACGUCAUCGGCUACGAUGACGUAUGCUAACCGUUUCGGUUUGAAACCGCGGAAUAGGGUAUCGCUCGAGAUGUAUUUCCAGCUUCUUUCUACUUACAAGCGAUUAGAUCGCAACAAAGAGGCUCUAAUGGCGUUCAAGAGUCUGCUGCGUGACCUACAGGGCAUAUACCGUGCCAUUACUCCUAAGAUAUGGCAGCUGGUUCGCACUAUCGCCUAUGAUUGCGGAAUUGACCCGGAAUUUGUGGCAUUAGUUGAGCAAUGUGAAUCGAUCUCUAUGACAUCUGGUACUUCUAAAGCGCUGGAAUCUUAUACACGAGAAGAGGGACCUCGAUUCUGGCCAGUUAUAUCACGCGAAUUAGAAUCGCUCGUAGAUCGUUUUGUCACUAUGGGCUUAAACGGUUCUGGAAAGAGUAAUGUGUUGCUUGCUGUGAGUUUUGCCUUGGCGGAGACGCUGGAGCACACUAAUCGUGAUUGUUACCUAUAUCGCGGUGCCGAGUCUUCCGAGGAUGAUGAUUUCUCCUCACACGUUGAGGUUGUCUUCGACGUCUCACACGACCCACGUGUGCAGUCGAUGGUCGAUAAUAAGGAUGAGUUGCGUUUGAAGCGUAUAUUCUCUCGUUCGAAGGACCUAUACUUGGUGAACGGCCGACAGAUGUCACGCAAGGAUUAUCGGCAGCUGAUUGAGGGAGUUAAUCUGAUACAUUUCAGCAAACAUAGCGCAUCAUACCGUAAUGACCUACACUUUAUAGUCAAACAGGGCGCUGUUGGUAAGAUAUGCAACCUUACUGCAGAAGAACGCCUAUCGGCGUUUCGAGAUGUAAUCGGCCAUCGUUCAUUCGACUGCAAGAUAGAGGAAUCCUUAAAGCUGUUGCAGGACUACGAGGUUACUUUCAAUUCAGUGGAAGCUCAAUUAUCGCAAAUCCAACGGAAGCUAGAUUCACUGGACCUUCAACGUGGCGCAAGCGAGGAUUGGGCCGCACUUGACGGACAACGCCGUGUGUUACAGACCCGUCUACUUUUGCAUAAGAUUUCACAACUUCGUGAAAAUGCUUCCAGUCAUGAAGAUGCGGAAUUGGAGCUUUCCGAUUCUAUGAACGCCCUGCAGGGACGCAUAGACAUGCUUGAGAUGGACGUUAGCGAAUCACGUGGCGCCUUGUCAAUCAUUGAGUCCAUGGAUAGUUUAGGCGUGACCACAUCUGACAUUUCAAAGUUGGAGUCGUCACUUGCCGAUGUGGAGUCCAACGCAACUGCACUACAGAAGGAGAUUGGUUUACUUACCCAUUCCAAGGGUGAACUUGAACAUGAAAUGAGCUCUCUAACGACUAGUAUCGAUUCUUCUACUGUGGAUCUGAACAGUGUAGAGAGCGAUUGUAUCACACUGACUCAACGUAUCCAAGACCUUGAAACGCAGUUGAGCGAGGUAUUACACCGUCAACGUAACCCUGGAGAAAAGGCACAGGAGAUGAUAUCUCGCUUGAAACAGAAGAAGGAAGAGGCGCAUGCGUUGAUCAAGGAAAUAGAAUCACAGAAAGCAACAUUGUCGACAUCACUGACUCGGUGCAUGAAUGACCAGAAUCUUGUCCACACCGAGAUCGGAAAAUUGGACGAGUUGUGCCAGGCAAAGCUAUCGGCAGUAGAAGAGUGUGCUGCUUCCCUAGAAACAAUCAUCGAGAAAAUACGUGUGAAGCAAAAUGAGCUAUCUGUAAACACCACCAAGCAAUCCUCGUUACGGGUGCAGUAUAGUGACGCUGAGAAGAACUUCAGCAAGGUUGCGUUGUCACAAAAAACCACUCUAGGUCUGGUAAAAGGCUGGCUCGAGAGUGACGAUUCCCAGCCACACCGCAAUAACUACAUAGGGCUUCUUUUGGAUGUCUUGACGGUCGGCGAUGCAUUCAGGGUCGCUGUGGAGCAGACCCUCGGCGCUAAGUUGUUUACCGUGGUGGUGCGUACCAUGUCUUCUGCUAAAUCGCUGAUCCGUUAUUUAGAAAGCAGCGAUACACGUUACAACAAUAUCCGCAUAGUCGCGCUUGAAGUAUUUCCAGCCUAUAAAGGUGGUGACGGAACAGCUGCUGCGAUCAAUGUUAACCGGGAAGAAGCCAUGCCUUUAAUCGAAUGCGUCAGUUUUGAUGAACAAUUGAGGCCUCUAGUUCGCUCUCUAUUGGGUGAUUUCUGUUUAGUGGAGAACGCGGAUGCGGCUUCUCGUAUGUCCCAUAGCCGUGUGAACUGCGUGACUCCAGACGGACAAGUGUUCUAUCAUCGCGGUACCGUUUCUGGAGGUUACGUUGAUAUACAAGAAUCGGUACUAGGUCUCUAUUGCACAAUGAAGCAGCUAGGUGCUGAUCUGACAGCCGUGGAUAAUCAUGUUGCGGAUUUAAAUAAGGAGCUUGAUUUGCUGAACGAGGAACAAUUGAAACUGAGUCAACAGCAUGGCGCGGCUAAGUUAGAGCGUCAUAAUGUCCAAGCCCAAAUGCGUCAAAUGAAGAUGUCAUUACAACAUCUUAAGAGCCAAGAGGAAUCGAUCCGUGAAAAACUUAGUGACAACCGUAAAGAACGUUUGUUGUACCAGAUCAAAUCUUGGGAUGAACAGAUUGAGAUAUUCGAGCGUGCUUUAUCACCAUCACCAACAGAAGUGGCCGAGCUUGCAGCGCAGCAGUCAUCAAUCGAAUCUGACCUGGCCGAGCUCCGUCGUAAGAAGUGCAUGCUUGAAGCGCGUACACACGAGUUGCAAGACAGCAUAUCUGUGCUUCGUGAGAAGCGUAAUGCUCUGGCUAAACGCAUUAUUACUACUAUCCAGAUGUUGGAAGAGUAUACUGACCAUCGUCGGGAACUUGAUGCCAAAGCAGUGUCACUUCGCCAAUCUAUAGAAACUAUGGGUUCUGAUCUUUUGCGUUCCUCAGAGGAACGUGAGAAGGCACGUCAUCGUCGUGACGAGUUAUGUGCUAGGCUCCACAAGUUAGAGUCUGAGCUUGCAGAACAGAAAGCGGAAUUGGUAGCCGUCACAUCAAGGCACCGCGAGCUGUCGCAAACACUUUCAGGAUUGAAACUGGAAAUAAAGGAAUCUGAAGAUGAGCUUUCACGAGUAGAUCAAUCGGUAUUAGAGGAAGCGCAGAGCUCUCCUGUCGGAGACAAGGACGAUCUGAUUUCUCAGCUCGCAGAACUUAAUAAGAAAUGCUCUAGAUUCGAUUUAUCAAGCCGUGGUAGCGAACAGGAGAGUGGUGCAUUGCGCGCUGAAUUUACCGAGUUGAGGGAACGCCAGGAACGCAUGUCACGUUCCAAUGCUGCUAUUGUGAAGUCUAUAAAGGCUUUGAAGAGCCAGAAGGAUGCGAACCUAGUGCAGAUGUUAGCCCAGUUGAACGAAAAACUUUCUGCUACUUUUGAAGAGCUGGUGCCAGGUGGCCGUAUACGUGCUGUCCUGCUUCGGCGUGAAGCUGCCCCUCGUGAUAUUUCGGCCAGCGUUGCCGUCUGCCUUCCCGAGUGUUUCGUGGAUUCACCUGAAGAAGAGACUUUUACAGGGCUGGACCUCAAGGUUUCAUUUACUGCAGGUUCGGAGUCUCUGCAGCAACUAUACCAGUUGUCUGGAGGGCAGAAAACAUUGGUAUCGCUGGCUUUCAUUUUAGCUGCGCAACGUCUACAAGCAGCUCCAUUCUAUCUGCUUGACGAGAUAGAUGCGGCGCUAGAUGAGCAUUAUCGAGUGAACGUCUCCCGUCUUUUGGAACGUCAAUGCCAUGAGGGUUCCCAGUGCAUUUUGACCACCUUCCGUCCUGAAUUGUUACGUCCUGGUGAGCUUUUUUACGAGGUCUGCAAUGAAGGUGGCGUGAGUGUAGCUCGUCAGGUACGCAUGAAGGACGCACUAUCGGUGAUAGGGAGGGUGUGUAGCACUUUUGGCUCCAUGAAGGUGGAUGGCGGAGGUCCUGCCCAGUCCCCGGCCAGCGAACCACCUACUGCGGGAGGAGACAGUUCACCAGUUUCCGGACCAGAUGCUACAGAUACUGAACCUAUAUACUACUUAUACGGCGAUGACGUAAACUGGUGGCAGGAAGAGCAAGUACUUCCUACCAAACCUCCCGAGGUGGAAUGGCAGCAUCCUCCGCUGUAUUCGGACUUGCAAGACGCUGUGCAUCGUCUAAAUGAUACUCAUGUGGUAUCGCCGUUCCGUUAUAGGCGUUACCCGCACGAAUACAAAAGCGAGGCAUACGAUCGCUACCAUGAGCCAGCUUCGUCAGAUGCUAACAAUCGCACUGAUGUGACCCGAGUCGCUUCCCCUGAGACGGGCAAGCCUCCUCGUAGAAAGGUCAACAUCGAAUUGCGUCCCAUCAAGGCACCUGAGUCUACCUCCAAACCUCGCAAAAGUUUACGUGAGCGCUUACGUGAUGGCGAGGUGGUUUUCUAUGAGGAUUAUGUGGAACGUGAAGUAAUACGUGAUUUUUGUCGUCUAUUCAAACGACCGUUUCCGGUACCACGCCAUGACUGGGGAGGUGGUGAUUUUUUCUAUGGCGAGCACGUUCCUUCUGAGGUGGCUCGUAAGAACGAGACACCUGCCCCGGUUGAGGCUGACCGACUGUCUGAAGCUACAGUUGAGCCUGUAGAGGCUCCAGUGAAAAACCAACAGGUGGAUGCUCUAAUCAAUGCGGAUCCCAAUCUAACCCCUGAGCAACGUCAGGAGUUGUUGAAAGGGGAGAUUGUGAGUCUAUUCAGUGCUAUACCAGCUGGUGCCGUACGACAACGCCACCCUAAGGAUAGGCUAGUCAGCUUCCACCAUCUAAGGACCUAUGCAUGUAUGAUCGACUCUGUAACCAAAUGCCCUCUGAUCCAUGUUGAGCUGAAGUCAGCGCUUCAGCGGGGUUGGUUACCAGAACGUGAGAUCGAAAAACUACAUGCCAAGCCACGAACUAAAGAACGACCACCAGACCCUUACGCCGUAACCCCUGAACAGCUGGCACAGGCUAAAGAGAUACUGGUUUCACGAUAUAAGCCAAAGAUAUCGCAACCUCGAAACAUUAACAUCAUGGCAUCACGCCGCCAAACUGCUAAGAAAGAAGCUGUGCAAGUUGGCGGUGGACGUUACGAGGUAUAA